AUGCCACCAACAUCGCAGCCACAUGCAUCCACAUCCGCCACGCCCUCAGCGUCAACAACAGCAUCCGAACGCAAAACCAAACGCAAACGCGUCUCUCGAGCAUGCGACCAAUGUUUCCUGAAGAAAGACCGCUGCGACGGCCUUCAACCCAUCUGCACCUUCUGCUCAAAACUUGAGCGAACAUGCACUUACGACCGGCCUGAACGCAAGCGUGGCCCCACACAGGGGUUGAGACCGAGAUUGGAGCAGAGGAUUGCAGCGCUCGAGACAGUGCUUGGGUUUGUUCUGUCGCAGACGGGGGAGAGUGCGGUGAGGGUGGACCAGUUCAAGCAAGCGUCGGAACAGGAGAGGAGCAAGUGGAGGAAGGAAGGCUGGUGGAAGAGUGGGGUGAGGAAGCAGUUGGAGGUAGAGUUUGGCUUGAAGGACGAUCUGGUCAGCGUUGGUAGUAGCGUCAAACACUCGCCUGCUGCAGCGUCUACCCCUACCGACCUAGAUCACUCGGCCAAGCACGACGACUCGGAGUCAGACUACUCGGAAGUAGACCUCUCCCUCCCACCCACACACCAAACCCAACCUUCCACCUCUUCCUCCUCCACCAACACCCACCCGGCACUCCACCAGCCCAACAGCAGCUCCACCACCAACGACGCUCAACGUGAUCAUCACAACCACAGCGACUCCGACAGCGACCACGACGGCAACGGCCCUCACCACUUUACGCUGCCUCUGCUCUCCUCGGGAAAAGGCGGCAGCUCGCUUAACAGGGGUCUUGUGCCGAGGGGUGCGGAUCCGAAUGCGGCGCUGGGCGGGUUCGAGAUCGAAUUCGGCGGGAAUCAGACGGAUGAGGAUUGGGUGCGCAGCUUUGUGCCGCCUUCGCAUUCGAGGAGGCCCAACCCAGCACCGGCCAGCGAUACCCGACACGGAGGCUCGCGCAAUGGUGCGACGUCUAAGCAGUAA